GGCUUGUCAUUAUAAUUACAUGGCCCAAAAAGAGAAAGACUUAAAAUCUUAAUUGUGUUGAGUACAUGUACAGUAAUUACAAAACAGCGUUUCUUGAUUUUUUUUUUAUUAUUUUAUUUGCAUAUAGCUGGUCCUUUGGAAUACUUCUUUGGGAAAUGGCCACCAUGGGAGGUGUGCCGUAUCCCACGUUAACCAAUCGAGAGCUGUGUCAACUUUUGAAGACUGGUUAUCGCAUGGAAAGGCCUGACAUGUGUUGUGAUGAAGUAUAUGAACUGAUGUCUGAGUGCUGGAAUGAAGAUCCAUCCUCUCGUCCCAGUUUCUCGGAGUUGAUUGACCGACUGGAGGUGAUCAUGACGAAGGAUGUACCAUAUUGUGACUUGGACAAGCAUGAUGAGUCACACUCCUACUACAACGUGCCCGCUAAAGUUGAUGAACACAGCGGAUAAGAAAACGACAGAAAGGUCCACAGUAUAAUGCACUAUAGACGAGAACUUUAAACUUUCAAAGGCUAUAUUUAACUUCAAAAAGAAAAAAAAAUUACUAUAUAUGCGUGUAAUCCAGACUUCAAUCCUAGACAGAUCUAGUUGAGACAAACUCAAGAAUUGCACAGAUAAGCAUCUUGCAUCAAAUACUACAAACAAAAAAUUAUAAAAAUUUUGCUUAUCCACUUCUUAUCUCAUAUCCGUUCAAUGUUGUCUUAAAAUGUUGGUAAUACACGAGAAGUAAUUUUGAGAUAAAAAGAAAGAAA